AUGAUUCUGAGGAACAGCUCCUCAGUGACCGCAUUUGUCUUUGGGGGAUUCUCGGGACAAUCCGCGGUCCAUUUCCCCCUCUUCUUCCUGUUCUUGGGGCUCUAUGUGUGUACCGUGGUGGGCAACGUGGGCUUGCUCACCUUAAUCGGCCUGCAUUCCAGCCUGCACACACCAAUGUACUUUUUCCUCUUCAACUUGUCUUGGAUCGACCUCUGCUACUCUUGCGCCUUUACUCCCAAGAUGCUGCACGAUUUCUUGUCGGAAAACGUCAUCUCUUACGCGGGAUGCAUGGCCCAGCUGUUUUUCUUCUGCUUCCUGGUCAAUUCUGAGUGCUACGUGCUGGUGUGCAUGGCCUAUGACCGCUAUGUGGCCAUCUGCAGGCCCCUGCGGUACCCGGUCACCAUGUCCCCCCAGGCCUGCGCUCUGCUGGUGGCUGGUUCCUACGGGGUCGGGUUUGCCGGGGCCAUGGCCCACACCGGGAACAUGCUGAGACUGACCUUCUGUGGCUCCAACGUCAUCGACCAUUACCUGUGUGAGGUCCUCCCCCUCCUACAGCUCUCCUGCACCAGCCCCCGCCCCAACGAGCUGGUGUUUUCUGUUGUCGUCGGGAUGGUCAUGGCGACCUCCAGCGUCAGCAUCGUCAUCUCCUACGCGCUGAUCCUCUCCAGCAUCCUCCGCAUCCCUUCUGCCGAGGGGCGGUCCAAGGCCUUCGGCACCUGUGGCUCCCACCUCACCACCGUGGCUCUGUUUUUUGGGUCCGGGGCGUUCACCUACUUAACCACCUCGUUUCCCGGAUCUGCGGGCCGGAGCAAAUAUGCUUCCGUCUUCUACACCAACGUGGUUCCCAUGCUGAACACUUUGAUCUACAGUCUGAGGAAUAAGGAUGUUAAACUUGCCCUGGGCAAAACCCUGAAAAGAGUGCUUUUCUGA